GUAAUUUGAUAUUGUUUAUAUAAUCGCUAUGGAGAAAAAAAGGGUGAUCCAAGACAAUUGGUGGUCUUUUGCCUAGUGGGUCGCAAACAGAGUUGUCGUGAGUAUCAGGACUAAUAAGGCGAAGGAUUUGAAAAUGAACUUCCUAUUUGUUGCUUGUGUUUCUCUUCUUGUGUCGUCCGUUGUUGCCGACAGUGACUCGCCAAAAUUUUGUUCCUCUAAUGCAACUAAGUGCAACUUGGCUGGCAUAAAUGUGACGUGUGUCGAAAGUUCAGACUGCACCAAAGAGGUUGCUGAAGGCAAAGCUGAUUUGACGUACGCAUCUGCAAACAAUAUGAUAAAAAACGUGGAUAAACUGCAGAUUGUUCUGAGCCAACAGUAUGUCGGUGUUCCUGAGAAAUACGUCCUCUAUUACGGCCUAGCUGUUGUUAAGAAAGAUACGACUUUCAAUUUAAAGCAGUUGAAAGGCAAAGAUUCGUGUCACACCGGAGUCAGAAGAACAGUCGGAUGGAACAUUCCUGUUGGUUAUCUUCUUUACAUAAAAGAAAUGCCAUUAAUCAAUGAUCAGUAUGAAUCAGUUUCAAAAUUCUUUGGCAAAACGUGUGCUCCAGGAGCUGACAAAAUUGUCGCAAGUGAAUCGGUAAAGAAAGAUCUUUGUAGUUUGUGUUUAAAUGAAAUAUGUAGCACCACAGCAAGCAACACAUACCUGGGCUACGUGGGUGCAUUCAAAUGUAUGGCUGAUGGAAAUAAUGACCGAGUUGGAUUUGUGAAGCAAACCACAGCAGAUGAAUACAUCAAGAAAUAUGGCGGGAAAAGGGAAGACUUCAAACUCUUGUGUACGGAUGGGACAACAAAAUCUCUCGACGACUUCCAGUCAUGUAACAUUGAUAAAAGACCUAUUCAUGCUAUUGUUACACGUUCAAGCAAAUCUGCAAAAGAUGUUAAAAAAUACCAAACCUUGUUCAAAAAUGCCAGCCUUGAUGAUUUAAAAGCAGGUGGAAUGGUUUUUAACGGCACCAAAAGCUUGGAAACGUACCCAAAAACGCUCGAAGAUUAUUUGAAGCCGUAUUCCCUCCAUUACAAUGAAGUGCAAAAGACCAACAAAGUUACCAAAGGACCAAAAUUUUGUGGAGAUGCUACAAAAUGUAAUUCUGUGAAAGACAAGGUCCACGUUACGUGUGUUGAAGCUUCAUCGGGCUCGAAUUGUGUUAAAGACGUUGUUGAGGGAAAAGCGGACUUUAUGUUGGCAAAUGCUAAUGAUAUGGUCGACAAUCAGGGUAAACUUAAAAUAGUCAGAAGCCAAAAGCUAAAAGAUUUAGAGAAAUACGUGCAAUAUUAUGGCCUGGCUGUCGUUAAGAAAGAAACGGCUUUCAACUUCAAGCAAUUGAAGGAUAAGUAUUCGUGUCACACUGGCGUUGGGAGGACCGUUGGAUGGGUAAUUCCUGUUGGGUAUCUUCUUGACGAGAAGGAGAUGCCGUUGAUUAAAGAUCAGUACAAAUCAGUCGCUGAAUUCUUCAAAAAAAGUUGCGUUCCAGGUAUUGGCAAAAUAAGCAGUGCUAGCCAGGCCGUGAAAGAUGAUCUGUGCAGCCUAUGCGAUGGAACUGAGAAUGUGAAAUGCACAAGCAAUGAUCCGUUCGCAGGAUACGAGGGAGCAUUCAAAUGUAUGGCCGCUGGUAAUAACGACCGAGUUGGCUUCGUUAAACAAGACACGGCAAAUAAAGUUCUCAACAGUUCCGGGUCGUAUGGCAGUAAGAACGAUUAUAAACUCUUAUGCACCGACGGAAAGUCAAAACCACUGGACGAAUACAGGAAGUGUUACAUUGGUACCAGACCUGCAAACGCUUUGGUUACGAGUAAAGAUAAAUCUAAUGAUACGGUGGCGAAAAUUGAAGACAGCUUAAAAAUGGCGAACCUUCCUGACUUGGUAAAAGCUGGCAUAGUCGAUGGAAAUAUUGAAAGUUUGGAGGAAUAUUCGAAUACCGUCGAGAAAUAUGUGGAAAAGUAUGCUAAGUAUAGAAGCGCCUUGUUGGCGAAAGAAAGUUCAGCACCGUCAAUCUUUGUCCCUUUCAUUGUGAAAGUCCUCGCUGUUUUUGCAUCAAUUGUGGUUCUGCUUUGAGGAAUUUAAAAUGAAUAACACAUGUUUAGUUUUGGGAUGGAGUUCAUGAAAACGGCCAGUAGUGCCUCUCCGUAUAUUUGUUUAUUAAAAUUAUAAAAUUAGAUUAAACUAAACUAGAGAUUAGGCUGAUUAGCGAUAAAUGUAGUACAAGAUAUAUAUUGGAUAAUUUAAAACUGAUGUUGGUCUUAAUAAUUGUACACGUACAGUAUCAUAUUGCUAUUGUUACUUAAUUUCCUGAUGCCGUGCAUGACUAUACAUGCAUAUACUUACUCAAACUUCAUGUACCUGCUUAUUAGGCCGAAAUAAAUCGAGAGCACUUAAAAUAAUGUCUGUUUUGUGAUAUUCACUGGCAUGGUUAUGUAAGCCAGCUGAUAUAACUAACCAUUUGUGGUUUGGAGUGUUUUGUUUUUCAGUUUC